GUAGCUUCUAGCUUGAGGUGGAGUUCGAGCAGAACUAGUCGAAACCCGUUAAAACUUUAUCGCCAGUUAAGUUGGAAACUAUGUUUGUGUCAGAAGAUUAUUGCUGUUUUGUAACAUUCGUUAGUUCAUAAUAUAGUUUUAACUGGAAAUUCACAAUUUGCUUAUUGUUGAACUAUGUUUACGUUGAAUUUUUCUGGUAUCCAUUAUUUUGUUUUCCCUCCUCCCUCCUCCGCCAUGAUGUUUUCUAAGUGAACAGCGGAGUUAGCUAACCAGCUAGUUUAGCCUUCAGGCUGCGGACUGUUGUGGAAGGGAGGUGCGAUGGAUGGAUGCUUUGCCCCCGCAACGGUUUACAUAUUUGUAUUAGUUUAAACAGAAUGUCUCGGCAGCAUUUUCCCGUUGAUUUACUCCGCGCUGUUGCGGAGGGCUGCUAAUUCGCAGCGGUAAUAAAUGAUCCAGGAGCAACGGGUUUUCGUUAUAGUUUGAAGAUUAACGCUAGCUGAGGCUGUUUAAGUGGCUACACAGCUAGCUCUUCCUUGCUCUCUACCAUCGCAGUCUUGUGUCUCCUGCCCCAGGAAUGUUCUCCAAAAAGCCUCAUGGGGACGUUAAAAAAUCAACACAGAAAGUGUUGGACCCAAAGAAGGACGUGUUGACAAGGCUGAAACAUCUCAGAAUAGUCAUAGAAAAUGCAGAGCAGUCAGAGCUGAAACAGUUCUUUGAUGUGAACUACUCUCAUAUAUACUAUGUCUUCUUUGAGAACUUUGUCACCAUUGAGGUCAGCCUCAAGCAAAAGGGUCACAAAUCUCAGAGGGAGGAGCUGGACUCAAUUCUAUUCAUCUUUGAGAAAGUGCUCCAGCUCCUGCCAGAGCGAAUCCAGAGCAGAUGGCAGUUCCACAGCAUCGGGCUGAUCCUCAAAAAGCUGUUGCACACUGGGAAUUCUCUGAAGAUCCGUCGUGAAGGCGUGCGCCUGUUCUUGCUGUGGAUGCAGGCGUUACAGAGUAAUGCGGAGCGCGAGCAGCUCUGCAUGUUUGCCUGUUUGAUUCCUGGCUUCCCGGCUCCACUCUGCCACGGGACCCCACGCACCCUGGACACUCUGAUCAACCCGGCGCUGAGUUUAACAGAGACUCAGGUUACCCCAGAAGAGAUCAGUCCAUUGGUUCCUCCCCAGUCAGGUGACAAGAACCAGGAAGACCUCACUGCUUAUUUUUUAGAAGCGCUACUCAAAUACAUGGUAAACCAGGCCAAGUCUCUCGAGUGGCGCUGUAAAGACAACCAUGAACGUGGCUUCAGCUUCCUCUUUGGUCACUUCAGGAAGUUUUACCUUCCUCACAUCUUUCCCAACUUCGCCAUGGAAACCAGCCUCUACAACCCGAUACUGGAUGUUCCACCAAUGCGUCCUAAGCCCUACUACAGCGUGAUGCGCAGGGAGCAAGACGGCGGUGAAACAGUGUACUGCACCAAGGAGAGCUUCCUUCAGGCCCGAGUCAUCUUCAUCCGCUGGCUGGUUUCCUUCUGGCUCGAGCCGCGGCCCAACACACACACACACAUCCCAGGAACAGAGGGAGAGAACGUCCCCAAGAACAUACAGAGAGCAGCCGCCGGACUGGCAGCUCGCUCGGCAGGCAGCUCGGACGACAGCGGUGGAGGUGGGAUUCGGUUGGACAGCCACCUUGAAGGUAGCGGGUGCUCAUCUGGAUCAGGCGGGGGCAGCAUGGGGCUGUCUGGGGGUCCAGGGGUCGGGAGCGAGCCGGAACAAAGCCACUCCAACACAUCCACGCUGACAGAGAGGGAGCCCAGCUCCUCAUCACUCUGCUCCAUGGAUGAAGAGCAGCUAACGGACAUGGAGGUGGUGAGGAGAGUACUGACCAGCUCCAGAACCAACGUUAACUUCAUCACGGAGAUCUUUAGACAGGCAUUUCUCCUUCCCAUGUGUGAAGCUGCAGCGAUGCGUAAAGUGGUCCGUGUUUACCAGGAGUGGAUCGCCAUGGAGGACAGGCCAGUGUUUAUGAAGGAGCCGGAGAAGGGCCCCUAUCCCACAACCAGCAGCUUGGAUUCAGGCUCUCAGCUCGGAGAACAGGAGGAUGAGUCGGUUGACAAUGAAUUGCUGGAGUACAGCGUUCAUGCUGGAGUUCAGACGACACUACAGGUAUUCAUCACCCACUCCUCCAACGUUUUCCUGAUGGAGCCAGCCAACGACAUCAAGAUCCUUUUGGAGGAGCACGUCGACAUGUGCAAGCGCGUCUUGAACAUCUACCGCAGCCUUGUCAUGCAUGAGACCAUGGACCAGAAAACAUGGGAGCAGGCUUUACUGAUUCUGCUGAGGGUGACUGAGUCGGUGAUGAAAAGGCCUCCAUCCAUUAUGCCCCAUGGCAAGAAGACCAACACACUGUCGGGCAGACUGGCUGGACCAAUCUUUCAGACGCUGAUAGUGGCCUGGAUUAAGGGGAACUUAAACGUGUACAUCAGCAGAGAACUGUGGGACGACCUCCUCUCCGUCCUCUCCUCUCUCACCUGCUGGGAUGAACUGGUCACUGAGUGGUCACUCACCAUGGAGACCCUCACCAAGGUGUUGGCCAGGAACCUGUACACUGUUGAUCUGAAUGAGCUGCCUCUGGACAAACUGAGUGAACAAAAACAGAAGAAACAUAAAGGAAAAGGUAUCGGUUCGGAGGGCCAGCGGCAGAUCGUGGAUCGUUCCUUCUCUAAAGGCUGGAGCAGAGACCAACCAGUCCAGGCGGUAGCCAUGAGGCAGCGCAGCGCCACCACCGCGGGCUCACCAGGCAUCGAGAAGGCCAGGAGUAUUGUCCGCCAGAAGACUGUAGCCCUGCGUAGCUGCUCUACGGGUGACUCUCUGCUGUCCUCAGCCUUUAUCCGCAGUGCUAAAAGUGCUCCUGCUCUGGCUCCGCCUCUUCCUGUCCUCCUCCACCACCACCACCACCCUCCUUUACUACCCCCCCUUGCCGACCAGCUGGCAGACCUCGAAGACCCGCCAAUCACACUGAUGUCCCGUUCCUCUCGGAUGCGCCACUCUUCCCAGAGCGAAGAGGCCCCGCCCACCUCCUGCUCUGAGGUCUUCCAGGGAGUGGCGUGUGACCUGGAUGUCCCCGCCCUUUCCUCCCUCCCGAGGAGCAGCAGUGCCUCUGACAUCAUGGAGCCUUUCAUCGCUGAGCGGGUCAAAGGUGACGACCCCCAGAGGGAUCCCACUUCGAUCCCCAACCCCCCCCACCACCACUCCACAACUUGUUCUUUACACGCAGCCAAGAGCCACGCAGCUCGUCCACUCGCACACCCCCUCACCUCCCCUUCUUCCACCCCUUUAACCUUCUCCAAUGUCGUUGUUUCGUUGUCCUCAGAGGGACAAGAUGAUGCUAGUGUUUAUGACCAGUUGUGGCACCAGACUGGCUCUGGAAACCAAGGUUCUAGUUCGGAUUGGGUAAGCGACUGGGAUUCUGCUUUUGCCAUUUCAUCUGAAAAGGAAAUCAAUGUAGAGGAAGGGGAAAUGGGGGCUGGGGUAGAGGGGGAUAAUUUAUUCUCCUCUAUUAGGGAAUACCUCACUAACAAAGGAGGGGAGAAAAAAGAGGAGGCAGCAGAGAGAGAUAGUCCUGGUCAUGUACUAGAAAACAGUGUUGUAACUUUACCUGUGCAAACGGGGGUUGCUAGAACACAAAUGGAAUACACAGGACAGGCGUUAGAGGCGAGACAGGUGGUGAGGGAGGACAGACAGGUCAUUAAAUCAGUGAGACAUAGCAGUGUGGAUUCAACAGAGGAGAAUGAAGCAGAGCAGCGAAGCAUCUACGAGUGCCUGGAGUUGCAGUGUCAGUGGCCGUCACCCAACGCAAGGGGGAGUGCUAGCUUAGAAAGACGAGCUGGGGAGAAAAAGGGAGGGGGAAAUACAGGGAAGGCAGAAGGAUGGGAGGGGAAAUGUGAUGGGUGGAGGGAAACAGGAGAAGAAAAACAGGGUGAUAAAGAAGCAGCAGCAAAUGAGAGGUCUAUUUUAAUUAGACAAGACACUAACACUUUAGAAUCUAGCACUGAAUCAAAUCAAACUCCCCAAACGCCAGACCCAACUAAAGCUAAAAUGUUCCGGAGUGGCGCCAAGAGGCAUUCCGGGGGUGUUCAUGUCAGUUUCCGGCCCUCCACUGAGUCAGUGCAGUUCCACAACCCCCUCGAGAGCAAAGAGGCCCACUGGAAAGCCAGGCUGCGCCGCCUCAGUCACUUCCACACACACAGCCACUCAGCUGGGGAGAGGCCCGGGUCCGGAGCUGGUGCAGGCUCAGGGGUGAAACAGGGAGCAGGAGUUGCAGGUAAGUUUGGCUCUGUGGCUGGGAUAAGCCUCAGAGCAGGGGCACAUGAGAAAUCAACCUGUGGGACUGUUACGGAUAACAGCGGGGCAGGGAACGCAGCAACUGCUGGAGGCCUGGAGAACUGGACUGGAGGGGACAAGGACAAGCAACAUCCGGGAUCCUGCUCGGGAUCCAACCCGGGCCCCGAGACUCACUCCGAAGCGUUAUCAAGCAGCUCAGGGUUCUCCGGCGUAUCGUCAGGUGUGCGUGGCCGCCUGGGGCGCUCCGCAUUGCGCUCUCGAGCCUCUCGCUCACGGUCCCAGGAGCCCGGCAGCACCGCCUCACGACACCACCAGGGUGCUCUUCUCGGUGGGGUCUAUAAGACUGUUGUUCACGCUCUGUCUUCGAAGCCGCGGCCCCGAGGUCAGGGGUCGUCCCAAGGCUCCUCGCCACAGCGGCAAGGCCGCACCGCCAUGGGUGACGCGUCGCUCAGAGAUCUCUACUCCCACGUCCUGGGCUACUUUGGCCGAAAGACGACAACGCCAGCCAACAAAGAGGAGGUGGUCCAUAAGGCUCGUCCGGUCUCCAGUGAUGUGGGAAGCACCAACCCAAACUUCUCUGACCUCAUGGAUGAGUUUAUCCAGGAGAGACUGAGGGCUAAAGGAACAGCGGGUCGUCGUGGCAGCAGCCCGGGAAGCCUGGAGGUUCCCAGGGACCUCCCGGAGCCUCUGGAGGCAGGUCAGAGUCUCGGAUCACGACCCUCAGACGAUCACCGUCCCGUUGAUGAUCCGGGGGUUCCCUCUGAAUGGACGUCACCUGCAAGUGCCAGCGGCUCUGAUGUCGUCAGCUCAGACAGCCAGUCAGACUCCUUUAAUGCCUUUCAGUACUCCACCAAUUUUACUUUCGGUUCAGAAGCCUGUGGGGGAGGAGGUCGAGGAAGCUCUUUGGACCAGGACAGCCUGGGAGGGGGCGGGGUCUGUGAUGAAGUAGCCAGUUUGACAACGCUUCACAUCGACUCGGAGACCAGCAGCCUCAGCCACACUGUCACUGUUACUGGUUCUGAGAGUGCGUCUCCCAUGCAUUCCCUCGGGGGCUCUCGCUCCCAGACGCCCUCCCCUGCCACACUGACAUCAGAGCACGCUGAUCACACACACUCCCACUCACACACACAGCUGGACCAGAAGCUCCACAACUCUGUCCUGCAGACUCCAGAUGACCUGGAAACCAGUGAGUUCCCCAGCGAGGACUGCAGUGUCAUGGCGGGGGGCUCUCUAACUGGAUGGCACGCAGAUGUUGCCACGGUAAUGUGGAGGAGGAUGCUGGGUAUCCUGGGGGAUGUCAAUACCAUCAAAGACCCUGAGAUCCACGCUCAGGUCUUCGACUAUCUGUGUGAACUGUGGCAAAACCUGGCCAAGAUAAGAGAUAAUUUGGGCAUUUCUCUGGACAACCAGUCGUCUCCCCCGCCCCCUGUUCUGAUCCCACCCCUGAGAAUCCUCACCCCCUGGCUCUUUAAGGCCACCAUGCUGACGGAGCGUUACAAGCAGGGGAAGCUUCAUGCCUACAAGCUGAUCUGCAGGAUCAUGAAGAGACGGCAAGAUGUUUCCCCAAACUUAGACUUUCUCACACACUUCUACAACAUCAUGCACCAAGGACUGCUGCACCAAGACCAGGACAUUGUGAACACCAUCAUAAAACACUGCAGUCCCAGGUUCUUCAGUAUCGGCCUCCCUGGAGCCACCAUGCUGAUCCUGGACUUCAUCAUUGCAGCGUCUAGAGUCACCGCCUGCUCAUCACUCAAUGCUCCAAGAGUGGAGGCCCAGAUCCUGCUGGGAUCUCUGGUGUGUUUCCCAAACUUCUAUGAGGAGCUUCCAGCCCUCCACCCCACUACAGCAGAUGUGGUGCUUACCAAGUUCCCUGACGUGAAGGAGCACAUUAUCAAAACCAUCCUGACUUCUGCCCGGGACGAACCCUCGGCUCCUGCGAGGUGUGUGGCUCUGUGCAGUCUGGGUAUCUGGCUGUGCGAGGAGUUGGCUCAUGGGACUGAACAUCCACAGAUUAAAGAUGCUCUCAAUGUCAUCUGUGUCACUCUGAAGUACUCCAAUAAGAAUGUAGCACUGGUGGCGUCGGACAUCCUUCACCUCCUGAUCAGUCAUGUGGAUCAUCUUCAGAAAUUCCCACCUGACACUCCAAAGAAGAUCGUAGAGAUUUUGAUCGCCACCAUCACACACUUGCUGCCUACUACCGAGUCUUCUCCUCAUGAACUGGAUAAAAGGCUGGUAGUGUCCCUCCUGUUGUGUCUGUUGGACUGGGUGAUGGCUCUGCCUCCAAAGACUCUUCUUCAACCCGUUCAAACACAAAGCCCUCCGGAGAAAGACCAGCCGACCAAGACUCUGCUCAGCUGUAUUUAUAAGGUAUUACACGGCUGUGUGUAUGGAGCCCAGUCUUUCAACAGUCCCAAGUAUUACCCACUGCACCUGUCCGACCUGUUGAGUCCAGACUACGACCCGUUCCUGCCGUUAGAGAGCCUCCGAGAACCAGAACCACUGCACAGCCCGGACUCUGAGCGCUCCAGCAAACUACAGCCGGUCACUGAAGUUCGUAGCCGUAUUCAGCAGGGUCUGAUUUCCAUCGCAGCCAGAACAGUUAUCACACACUUUGUCAACCAUCUAGGACAUUAUCCAAUGUCUGGAGGGCCUGCUACUCUGUCCAGUCAGGUGUGUGAAAACCAAGACAACCCGUUCUGUGAGAGUGCAGAUCUUGGACCGGAGCUUUUCCAUUCACCAAACCUCCAGUUUCUGGUUCUGAACGACUCCACACUGCUCUCCGUGUAUCAGAUCCGCUCAGAGUCUGGUGUACCAGGAGGCGGGAUGACGGCUGGUUUGUCCUCUGCUCCCGCUUGUGUUCGUGUCAUCAUCCGAGAUGUAGCCGGAAAACACUCCUGGGACUCUGCCGUUCUCUACGGUCCUCCACCUUGCUCCCCAAGCAGCCCGUCACACACAUUUAUGUCACACACACAAUCACCUCACAGUGCUAAUCUUCAUUUACGCACUCCACCAGGAGGUCCACCUAAAAAGAUGGGAGUGAAGAGAGAAGAGAGCGAAGAGGAGGGGCUGCAGGAGAGCGAGGCAGAGAGGGGGGGGAGAGGGACGGAGGGUGAAAGACAGGAGUUUCAGGGAGAGGGGGAGGAGGAAGAAGAGGAGAGGAUAGUCACCGAGGAGGGGAUGGGAGGAGAAGAGGAGGAGGAGGAGGAGGAGGAGCAGCAGCAGCAGCAGCAGGAGGAGGAGGAGGAGGAGGAGGAGGGGAUAGAGAAUAGCAUGUAUGGGGAGGGGGAUCGAGGGGAGUCGGGCUUGGAACAGCUUCUCGCUCCGCCGUUGGCUAAACGUGUGUGUCGGGAGGCAGUGCCAGCGUGGGACUCGCUGAGGGAGGGAGACGAUUCACUGGAUGAAAUGCUGCAGUACCUGGGGUACUCGAGUCCCGAGUGUCUACAGAGAGCAGGCAUGCCGCUCAACAUCCCUGCCCCUCCUCCAGCGUGUGUUUCAGAGAAGCAGGAGAACGAUGUGAUCAACGCCAUCCUGAAGCAGAGCGCAGCUGAAAGAGAGUUUGUCCUAAAUAGAGGUGAGGAGCUGAACAUGAGGGCAGUGCAGCAGACUGAGCCGGAGACUGAGACGCCACAGUCGGCCUUCUACUACUGCAGACUGCUGAUCAACAUCCUGGGACUCAACUCCUGGGAGAAGAGGAGUAACUUUCAUUUGUUGAGGAAGAAUGAGAAGUUACUGAGAGAGCUGAAGAACCUGGACUCACGGCAGUGCCGCGAGACUCAUAAAAUAGCAGUGUUUUAUGUGGCAGAGGGCCAAGAGGACAAACAUUCUAUACUCACCAACACAGCAGGCAGUCAGGCGUAUGAGGACUUUGUGUCUGGACUGGGCUGGGAGGUGGACCUCACUACUCACUGUGGCUUCAUGGGAGGUCUUCAGAGGAAUCGCAGCACAGGCCAGACUACGCCUUACUACGCCACCUCCACUACUGAGGUCAUCUACCACGUCUCCACCCGCAUGCCCCAUGACCAGGACCACAACCUCACCAAGAAGCUCAGACACCUGGGUAAUGACGAGGUCCACAUUGUUUGGUCGGAGCAUUCCAGAGACUACCGGCGAGGGAUCAUCCCCACUGAGUUUGGAGAUGUGUUAAUCAUCAUCUACCCCAUGAAGAACCACAUGUACUCCAUCCAUAUACUCAAAAAACCAGAGGUGCCAUUCUUUGGUCCGCUGUUUGACGGUGCCAUCGUGGACAUGAACAUUUUGCCCACCAUGGUCCGAGCCACAGCUAUCAAUGCCAGUCGAGCUCUCAAAUCCCUCAUUCCACUUUACCAGAACUUCUAUGAGGAGCGAACACGAUACCUAGAGACCAUCGUACAGCACCACCAGGAGCCGACCACAUUUGAGGAUUACGCAGCUCGAGUCUACAGUCCUGCUCCCUGCACACACCUGCCCUCUGACUCAGGCUCCUGCCUAGAGAUUCUUCGGGGAGAAAGUCCGGCUCUUGGGGAGGCCGGGAGCGACUCGGCGUCCCCCAUGUCUCCUCGGACUAGCAAAAGCCGCAUGUCCAUGAAGCUGCGACGCUCCUCUGGAUCGGCCAAUAAGACUUAAACUCUCUAGAUUACAGGGCUCUAAUAGUAUUAUGUGGACUAUAUAACACUGUAUUUUGAAAUUGCUAACAGCUGCUGAAUAUAUCCUCGGCUUUGCUAAAAAAUAAAUAGAAAAAUAGAAAAACAGUUGAACCAGUGCUGCAGCAUGCUGAUCUUUGCCACAAUAGAAACAGUGCAGCUUUAGCAGCCGUAUUAGUUUAUAAUAAUCUGCCAUGUUAGAAAUUGCACAAACUCCUGUGUAACCGAGACUGCAGAAAAAGCUAAAAAUGUGCCACAUUAUACUGUUUUUGUUUUGUUUGGAGAGCACGUUCAACGAGAUCAAACUGCUGAACAGAGAAAUAAUUGAUAUGGGGAAUCUGUAUAUUUGUACUAUAGUCAGUCCAUGUGUGUACAGACAGAAUCAUGAGUUUUGAUAUAAAAAAGAAUGAAUUUGAAAUGAAAUCCUACAGUGUUGCAUGGAGAAACAGGAUAAAAGUAUAUUUUUGUUCUCAGUACAGCAUUAGGCCUGGGUCGGUUUCUAUUAAGUCCUCAUCAAAAUGUAAAUAGUUACUCAUUGAUUUGCUAAGAAUAAAACAAAAAGGUUGGUCGUGGAUGGAUGCUCUCAUGCCAAAAAGUGACCCUCUGAGUGAAGAGAAGUGAGAAUCAGUGUUAAAGUAAUGAUGGACGGAUUCAUUGUCAAAAGAGCUUUCUAGAAAAUGAACGCUCAAAGAGGAAGCACUUGUUCCAUAAAGUUUAGUUCUGACUUUUUUUGUGCUCAUGCUGUAAGACGUGGACGUGCACUGAUGUUCAUUGAAUUUAUUUUCCUUGAUUUUCUUUUUGUUUUUUAAUUGACUGUUAAAUGUGUUUUGAUCCGAACAAGAAUGCUGCUGUGUUUUUAAGUUCAGUGUCACUCGAUGGAACCACAGCUCUUCUUUUUGUUCCUUUAACUCGAUAUAUUCUGUUUAUCUAUAUAUGUAUGAGUAUAAAUAUAUAUAUAUAUAUAUAUAGUAGAUAUAUGAAUAUAUAAAAGGUUGUGUACAGUGUGUAUAUACUGUUAUGUGAGAAUAGCUGCCAAACUGGUUUAACCUCAGACAACAUAUCUGCUUAAAAUGGGUUGACACUACACGGUUUUAUGUUUAAAUGCUUGUUUUUUCUUUCAUAACCAGUUUGAAAGGUAAUUUGAUUUUAGCUCAAGUACUCUUCUUUACUGUUAUGUGUAACCUUGACGUUGCCAGAUUGGGGCAGUUUUAGGCCAUCAUUAUCCUCGAUGUUCAUUGUUUGGCAUAUUGCUAAAUGAGGCCGAGAGUCUUUUGUGGCAAGUUUAGUUGUGGACUGUUAUUAAUUUCCACCACCUUAGUGUUUCUAAGUGUGAGGAGAUACUGUAAGGCCAAAGAGGGGGAGAAAGGUAAGACAUGUCAACUUAUUCUCCUUUAGAUAUGACUGCUUUUGUUCUUGUCCCUGAUUUUCUUUUCUUUUUUUAACUCCACUGUCAUAUUUACACCUAUCCUCAGUUCCAGUUCUGGAUGGAGGUGACCCGCAUGUUCUCACAAUCCACAAAAUGUAACACUACCACUCAUGUAUUUAACUUUCUCAUCUCAGCACUCCAUAAGUUCAGCGCUACUCAAAUAAAACUGACAAGGUUUCAAAAUGGCUUACAUCGUUUAUGUACUUGGGGUUUUUCUUUAGCUGUGGUUCUCCAGUUCAUUUGCCGCAUGUCUCCAUUAAUUAAUUUCUCCAUGGCCUGACCCCUGGUAAAGGUAAUAUUUGAAAAAUCUGUAUUUGAAAAUAUAGAUCUGAGUUAAAGGUUUGCAUUAUGCUAAACUGCUUAAAUGUAUUUACGACUGUAUUUUCUGUUACUGUUUUAUUUUUUUAUUUCAACCAUAGAUAGAGGAAAGGGAUUGUUGAGCUUGUUUUCCACCCCUCUGUGGGGUGAAUGAUUGUGACGUGUAAAAUUAGGUCAAAUUCAUGUUCUGUUACUUUGUGUGUGAAUAUUUGAAGUCAGCUGAGAUUUGAGUUGUUCCUUUUAAAUUAUUGCUGUUACAAUAAUUAUUAUUAUUGCUGAGGUUGAAGCACAUUGAUUGGUGGGCACUCUGAUCCGUACAUGCUGUAUGUAGACAGCUCAUCUGCGAGUCACCGUCUGCGUCUCACUUUGCAUCCUGUAAACUCUUCCAAAACUCUGUCCCAGUACUUUGCACUCCUUUUAUACUCUCUGGAUUAAAAUACCAGUGAAUUCAUGAUGCUGCUUUUAUAGUCUCAUGGAUUUGUUUUACAAAUUGUAAAAUGCUCCUAAAUAUUUCAGUAUUUGGCAAUGACCUCAAAAUGACCUGCUCACUCAACUGAACUGAUGUUUGACUUUAGUUUAAAAAAAACAACGGACUGGCAGCAACCAAAAUGUAUUUUUAAAAAGUUACACAAAGCCUUUCAGCAUUAUAAAGAAUUCAUAUCAACUUCCCUGAGGACUGUCUGCCUGGAAAACUUUAUUCAGAUUUUUCAGAAAGUAUCUGUCCACCGAAGAGGAUUAGGGCCACAAUUCUGAAUUCUGAGUUUAAAUCUCAGAACUCAAGUACAAUUUUUCUCAUGUGGCCCUAAUGCUCUUCCGUAUUUGUCAGCAUUUGACAUCUUGCUUGUCUUGAUAAGUGGUGAAAAGGUCAGACCCCUUUCUUCUGCUGCCAUGUCCACCACAGAAAUUUCCCAUCAUAUUUAACAUUUCUGCAUCAAUGGAUGCUCUGAACGUGAGGCCUGUGAUGUCCAGAACUGAUGUAUGUAACUACUGACUGUACAUACUGCAUGACACCAGUUCAGCACUAACUGCAUGUGUUGAUCAUGUAACCGCUGUAUCACAACACACUCCUCUAUGUUACUGUCAGACCUGUAGUAUGUAAACGUGUACUGUCUCUUUUGGACACAGAGAGCGUGGAUGUGCGAUGAUGGAAUUUGACAAUAAAUGAUACGUACCAUUUGA